AUGGUGGUGAGGAAAAGGACGUUGAGAUGGAAGGGCAAGCACACAAUAGAAAGAAGCCCUCUUUUACUUUUAAACAUUCUUUUGUCCCUCUCCUCCCUCCCACCCCCUCUUUUUUUUCAUCUUUUAUCUACAUUUACAAACGGAAACAGAAAUUUGAGUAGAAGAGAUUUACAGAAAUCGCAGAAUCAAUUUGAUUGUUUUUUUUUCUUUUUCUUUUUCUUUUUUGCAAUCAGAACCCUAGAGAUGCGCCAAGCCCUUAAUAAAACUAUACAAACGUUAUAUAAGUCAAACGAGAAGCAUGGAAGGAAAAGAAAAAAGGAAAAAAAAAAAAGAGCUGAUCCUAAAACUAAUGUAAAUAUUCGUUGGGAAACAACAAGCCAAAACGAAAUAAAAAACAUAAAAGGGAAAAGAAAAAAAGAAAGCAACCCUCAUUCUUUUUUAAUUUCUUAUUUUUUGUUUAUUUUUUUUUUUUGUUUUUCUUGA